AUGCGACAACGAUCGUUAGUUUGGCGGUGGAGUCUGCUGCUCGUUUGGCUUUGCUGUGGCUGCAGUCCCAGUUGGCAGAAGCCCUCGCUGCUCGACCAAUGGCUGACGGGCGUCAGUGCCGAUUUCAAGGGUGUGCCGGAACUGCCCACCCUCGACUCGGCCAUCAACGAGAAGCGGGCGGUGUACUUUUACGAGCAACUCGUCGCCGUCAUCGAUUACACCGAUGAAAAGUUGAAACACUGCGAGCUCAUCGAGGUCUAUGAACCAUGGGAAGCCGAAGAAACUUUGAAAAAUUUAACGUCGCUCGGUCUGAAAUCGAAUAGUCUGUCGUUUGAAAAUAUGAUCAGGUUGAUGAUCAAGUGCGACAGACUCGAUGGACCGAUCGCAGUGCAGGGCAGAUCGAUAGGAAUGGUGACUCAAAUGUGGGACAAAAAAAGAAAUGCUCAUCCGCUCUUGGCGGGAAUAGUGCCGGGAACAAAGUGGUGUGGUACCGGAGAUAUCGCUAAAAAUUAUCACGAUUUGGGUUCAAGGCCUAAUUUAGACAGGUGCUGUCGAAUGCACGACUUGUGCCCGGUGAAAAUUCGCGCAUACAAAAAUCGCUACAAUCUCGAUAAUCAGUCUUUCUUCAGCAGAAGCCAUUGCGUCUGCGAUGAGACUUUUUAUCAAUGUUUGAAAGACGUCAAUCAUGUAUCGGCAACGGUUAUUGGCAACGUGUAUUUUAACGUUAUUAUGCCUACGUGUAUCGAAAAAGAUCCUUCAAAUAGUGAAAAGAAUUCAAUGAGAUUUUCAUCUCCGAAAAAAGUUUUUUAA